AUGUCGACAUACAACGGUAGACACGGCCCAAACGUGUCGCAAUACCUUCGCGACCUGAACACCAUCAGUCCUCAGGAUACAACCGGUCCUACCGAGGACGCUUUCAAUAUGGAAGACGAUCUUGCCCUCUUCACCAACACUCAGUUCUUUGAUUUCGACUCCGGCCAGAACACCGACUUCCAGGCGCAGCCUGUCAAGGUGGAUGUCGAUAAUGCGACCCGACACAGCUCAACUGCGUCUGGCGACGUUACCCCUGCCCAGACCACAAUUGGCGAUAUGCCCAACCUGGACUUUAUGUCUGGUGACUUCAACUUCACGGACUUCAACAACGCCUAUGGUGCUGCCCCACCUAUGAACGCCUUCCCAGAUGCUGCGCAGGGAUACCAGCCCCUCCAGCCUAAUCACCAGGUUCAGAUUCCCCAUCAACAGCCUCAAUUCCGUCAAGGCAAUGCCCGGGCUGGUGAUAAGCGAAAGCCAGAGGCCAUGGUUGCCGCCCCUACCCCAGUCCCCCAGCAGAUGGACUUUGAAGGUGCUUCUCGAGUAGCUGCAGAGGAGGACAAGCGGCGGCGAAACACUGCCGCUAGCGCCCGCUUCCGUAUCAAGAAGAAGCAGCGAGAGCAGGCUCUGGAGAAGUCCGCAAAGGAAAUGACGGAAAAGGUCACAUCGCUUGAGAACAAGGUUGCCCAGUUGGAAACCGAGAACAAGUGGCUGAAGAACCUGCUUGUCGAGAAGAACGAAGGCAGCGACGACAUCACUGCUCUGUGGAAAGAGUUCACCAAGCAUGCCAGCGAAAAGUCCAAGACCGCCGAGUCAUCUACCACAGAAGCUAUCAAGGAGGAGCGGUGA